GAAGCUGCUCGGCCGGGCCCGGGAGAUGCUUUUCUCCAGCCGGGAGCUACCAGGAUGCUCCAAGCAGGAGGUGACGUCCCUGUAGGGGGACACAAGCGGAGAAAGGCUGAAACACGGAGGAGCUGUCGUGCGUGGAGCAUGUUUGGAGGGAGAAGGGAAGCUGCAGGUUGACCUUCCCAGCCCCUAACUGUUCCCCCCUCGCCCACCCCUAGCCGAUGGGUGCCCCCCCUCCUUCCCUCCCCUCCUCCCGCAACUCCAGCGCCGAGGAAGCCGAGCCGGAGGCAGUGCUGAGCCGGAUAUGCAGCGACUCCCCGCAUCCCUCCCUGGCAGAGCACGGUGACACCGUGGCAGCCACCACGGAGAGGACGCAGGACCCCCUCCUGGGCCCACCCUGCCCCUUCGAGGGGGUGGCCUGGAGCCCGAGACCACCCCAGGGUCCUCCGCAGGGCUGUUUCACCUGCAUCUCCAAGCCCCCAGCUCUCCAGCAAGCCUCUCCUGUCCUCUCUCCUUCUUCUGCCGUUUAUCUCAUGGAGAGCAAGAGCUGCAAAGGGGACAGCCUGCGGCCACCAGUCCCGUGCAAGCACUCAGUGGAGAAGAAGACAAUGACCAACCCCACCACUGUCAUCGAGAUCUACCCCGACACCACCGAGGUGAAUGACUACUACCUCUGGUCCAUCUUCAACUUCGUAUACCUCAACUUCUGCUGCCUGGGCUUCAUUGCCUUGGCCUAUUCAUUGAAAGUCCGGGAUAAGAAACUCCUCAAUGACUUAAAUGGAGCAGUUGAAGAUGCCAAGACAGCCCGACUCUUUAACAUCACCAGCUCAGCCCUUGCCACUUUCUGUAUCAUCCUUAUCUUCAUCUUCCUGCGAUACCCCCUCACUGACUACUAGGGGGAGGCCAAGAGCAGUGGCCACCGCCAAAAUGCCUCUAUGCCAGAAGUGUCUGCAAUUGUUUCUUGUAGCAAGAAUGCAAAAAAACAAACCCCAAAAGCCACUCCACUUUGAAAAAAAAAAUUAAAAAGCGCCAAUUAAAUAAAAUACACACAUAACAAUUAAAUGAUUUAUCAGCCCAGCUGAGCAUACCCUUCCUGCUCCCAGUUUGUGGUCUGCUGUUCAAACAGUCUCACUCUUACAUGUGUACAGGGAGAAAAACAGACCAAGAAAUAUUUAUAUUGUGUCCAACAAGCUGUGUGACAGGAGUGUGCAGAGCUGAAAGCAACACAGGCCUGGCAGCAGAAAGCUGAGCUCUGGGGAGCAGCAGGGUCCUGCAAAGGGGACACACGUGCAGUGAUGGAUGGUGACCACAGCAGAGCUGGCUCACUACAUAUCAGAUGUGUUCAGACCACCCCAUCACCCCUGACAUGUAGGGGUUUCUUUUCCUCUCUUGAGUCUCAUCCCCUGGUUCCAAUAACUCCCAACAUUCCACCCGAGGGUGUUAGGAAGUUAGGGAGCCCCAAAGCCUCAAGAGAAACCCCAAAGCAUUAAAGGGCAGGUUUCUCCUCAGGAUUUCCUGGCAGUGCUGAGAAGGAAGGUACCCUCUGGAGAACUUGACUAAGCCCCCAAAACCGAGUGCUACUGUAUUUCUGUAAAUGGUCAAUAAAGA